UAGUUUGGAUUCAGGGAGAAGUUUCUGGAACAAUGAAUUCACUGACAUCUGCUUCUUUUUAGCAGCAUAUUUCCACUGGCAUGUGUCAAGGAUAGAAAUGGAUCCUGAAGGUGCACGUAUCCAAGAUGAUCCAGAUGUGAAGGUGAUGAUAGCAGGAUCAACUCUGAGGAAAGUCAAGUCUCGUUCCUGGAAGAAACAGCGGCAUUUCCGGCUUCUGGAGGAUGGCCUGACAAUCUGGUACAAGUCAAGAUGGGCGGGGAGAGGUCACUCCACUUUCUCAGUGACAGAGGUGGAGGCAGUGCGUGAAGGCCAUCAGUCGGAGGUCCUGCUGAGCAUCGCUGAGGAGUUCCCUGCUGACCUCUGCUUUACCUUGGUGUUUCACGGUCGCCAAGGCAACCUGGACCUCGUGGCUGACUCCCCAGAGGAGGCCCAGGCCUGGAUUCGGGGGGUGCGCAAGCUGAUCCACAAAGCUCAGACGAUGGAUGAGAAGGAGAGGCUAGACCAGUGGGUCUGGGACUGGUUUCAGAAAGCUGACAAGAACAAAGAUGGGAAGAUGAAUUUUAAAGAAGUGAAGAAGCUUCUGAAGAUGAUGAAUGUUGACAUGAAUGAAGAACAUGCUCUCCAUCUGUUCACGAUGGCCGACAAGUCAGAGAGUGACUCUUUGGAAAUCGAGCAGUUUGUCUACUUCUAUAAGAUGCUGACUCAGAGGGAUGAAGUGUGGAAGGUGUUCCAGGACUACUCUGGGGAUGGAGAGAAGCUGAUGUUGGAGGAGCUGGAGAACUUCCUGAGGAUGGAACAGCAGGAGGGAGAGCAGAGCGCCCAGCACGCCAAGGAACUGAUCGACCGCUAUGAACCAUCUGAGACAGCCUUGAAGCAGGGCGCCAUGUCCUUAGAUGGCUUCCAGAUGUACCUGUGCUCCCAGGAGGGCUCCAUAUUCAAUCCAGAGCAUCAGAAUCUUUACCAGGACAUGAGCCAGCCACUCAGCCACUACUUCAUCUCCUCCUCUCACAACACCUACCUCCUGGAGGACCAGCUGCGAGGACAGAGCAGCUUGGAGGCUUACAUCCAAGCCCUGAAGAGAGGCUGCCGUUGUGUAGAGGUGGACUGCUGGGAUGGCAGUGAUGGGGAGCCUGUUGUAUAUCAUGGCCACACUCUGACUUCAAAAAUCCUCUUCAAAGAUGUCGUUUCAACGGUCAAAGAAUAUGCCUUCAAGGCGUCAGACUUCCCUGUCAUCCUGUCCCUGGAGAAUCACUGUGGUGUGGAGCAGCAGACGGUUAUGGCCCGACACCUCAGCCAAAUCCUGGGUGACUCGCUGCUGACCACCCUGCUGGAUGGACAGGUCCCUCAACAGCUGCCUUCUCCACAGGAAUUGAAAGGAAAGAUUUUGCUGAAAGCCAAGAAGAUUGGUGGUCUGGAACAGUGCCUUGAUGAAACUCUGACAGAUGAAGUUAGUGAUGAUGAGGAGAUGGCCAACGGUGAUCCUGAGAGCCCCUGUACAGAAGAUCCACCUGCUGCGAACAAGAAACACAAGAAGUCCAAAUUGUCCAGGGAGCUGUCAGACUUGGUGGUUUACUGUAAAAGCGUCCACUUUCACGGCUUUGAGCAUGCUCGGUCUCAUGCUAAAUGCUACGAGAUGUCUUCAUUCUCUGAAUCCAAGGCCAAGAAGCUUGUUAAGGAAGCAGGGACAGAUUUUGUUCAGUAUAACACACGGCAGCUGAGCAGGAUCUACCCCAGCGGCCUCAGGACAGACUCUUCCAACUACAACCCGCAGGAGAUAUGGAGUAUGGGCUGUCAGAUAGUGGCUCUGAACUUUCAGACAGCUGGUCUGGAAAUGGAUCUGAAUGACGGGCUGUUCAGGCAGAACGGCUGCUGCGGUUUCGUCCUCAAGCCUGAGUUCAUGAGAGACGCCACCUCCCAGUUCAGUCCAGAGAAACCUGAGGGGCGCCAAGGCUACAAACCCCUGCGUUUAUCCAUACAGGUGAUAAGUGGGCAGCAGCUACCAAAGGUGAAUCAGAAAGAGGGCUCUAUUGUGGACCCACUGGUCAGAGUGGAAAUCUACGGAGUACCACAGGACCAGGCCAAGGAAGAGACCAGUCACAUUAACAACAAUGGUUUUAACCCAGUGUGGAAUGAAACUCUAAAUUUCGUCAUCCACACUCCUGAGCUGGCGCUGGUUCGCUUUCUGGUGGAGGACUAUGACAAGGCCUCGAGGAACGACUUCAUAGGACAGUUCACUCUUCCCUUUACAUGCAUCCAAGCAGGUUACCGUCACAUACAUCUACUCUCUAAAGAUGGAACGGUUAUCCCUCCCUCUUCGCUCUUUGUUAACAUCAGCAUUUCAGAGCUCACAUCAGGAAGUUAAAUGUAAGCAUGUGAAGCCAGUGGUGCUCACAAGUCCGGUGUUUCCAUAAACCUGACGAGGCUGUGAAUAGCAAGCACCAGUACUUUAAUACGAGCUUGAAGUAUCUGCCAAACUGAAGUACUUAAACUCCAGACAGUGAAGCAACAAGUAACAUGUCAGAAAUUAGACUUUUGGGUGAUUUUCAGUAUUAAUGAAACAGGAGUUGUCUAUGCAAAUUGAUUUAAUCAACUAUAUAGAAUCAUUAAAGCUGCAGUAGGCAGGAAUCUGGAAAAGGGAACAAAUAAAAACACUAAAAUUUAAAAAUAUACAGCCCUCUCCUUGAAGCUCUUCGCUGUCCCCCAGGGACUGUAGAAAGAUUAAGUGAAGAUUAACAAAAGACAGAUGUAGCCUCCAGGUUGGAAAGGGAAACUUUAGCAAAAUGUUCUCCUAAUGAGUUUAUGAUCUCAGUUGCUCUUUAAAACUGAGUGAUACGCAGUUUAUAAAUCAUCUGUCUUCUUUUAUUUAGUCUAUGCUGUCCCCUUUCUCUUCUAAGAUCCUCCCCCCACUCAGGCAUGUGCUUCACCUGCAGAAAAGAAAGCCAAGCUAAAAGCCAACUUUCCCUCUCUCGCCUGAUCAGGUAAAAGAUCUGUGAUUGGCAGGGGAGUUUAGUUACUAAUAUGCUGAAACGUUAGUAUGAAUUUUUUUGCCCAAUGAUACCAAUAUGGAUUUUCUUUGAGAAGAAAAAAUACUGCCUACCCUAGUUUUAAUUGGCUGUGACACGACAGGGUUGAUUUCCUUUAUGACCAAGCAAAGUCACCAAGAAGUAGGACAACUUAGUAUGAAAAAAAGUAGGGUAAGAUGUCUGCUUGUAUUUAUUUGUUUUUAUGUCAAAUAUGUGCAAUUCUACAUUUAUGACACUUUUAAAAAAAGCUUUUAAAUACUUUUAGUCAGAGAAUGUGAGAGAACCUGAAGGACUGCUGCAUGUUCAGAAUGCCUAAAUAUAACAGUGUUGAAAGUCUACGGUUCAUGGUUUUAAAAUGUAAUGAUGUGAAACACUUGCCAAAAAUCAGUAUUAGAAAUCUGCAACUACAGUGUACUCGGAGCUUUGCAUCAUGCUGGUUAAUCCGCUGUUCAGCUGCCAAGUACCUGCUUGACUAAGUUCUAUUUAUGAACAUUUUACAAGGUUAUGUUGUGUAUGAUGUAGAAGUAUGUGUGUAUAUAAGCCUGUAAAUAGAUGCAACACAUGUUCUGAACAAAUAAAUACCACAUUUCCAAACA